AGCUGUGAUUCCCGCAGAAAUACAAAUACAUCCUUUUUUGUUCAAAUCUAUUUUCGCUCCCACUCACCAGUUUUCUCGCCGAAUCCAUCGAAUCCUUGUUGACUUCAUCGUCAUUAUACCCCACAGCAACUAAACAAAUAAUAAAAAGAAAAAGAACCCCAAUCUACUCACGGAACAAAAAAGCCAUGUCCGGAUCCGCCCUUCGCUACCGGAGUGCAGAGGACUUCAUCAAGAAGGUCGUCAUCGCGCGUGACCCACACCAGCCGGAGUUCGUGCAGGCCGUCCGUGAGGUCAUGUCCUCGCUGUGGCCCUUCCUCGAGAAGAACCCAAAGUACGCCCGCGACGCAUUGCUGGAGCGCUUGGUGGAGCCGGAGCGCGUGAUCAUGUUCCGCGUGCCGUGGGUGGACGACAAGGGUGUCGUCCAGGUGAACCGCGGCUACCGCGUUCAGUUUAAUUCCGCCAUCGGCCCCUACAAAGGCGGCAUUCGCUUCCACCCCUCGGUGAACCUGUCCAUUCUGAAGUUCCUCGGCUUCGAGCAGACCUUCAAGAACUCCCUGACGACGCUGCCCAUGGGUGGCGGCAAGGGCGGGGCCGACUUUGAUCCCAAAGGCAAGAGCGACCGCGAGGUGAUGCGCUUUUGCCAGUCCCUCGUAGCGGAGCUGUACCGCCACAUCGGCGCCGACACGGACGUCCCGGCGGGGGACAUCGGCGUGGGCGGCCGCGAGGUCGGCUUCAUGAACGGCAUGUACUGGAAGCUGACGAACACGAACGAGUGCACCUUCACGGGCAAAGGCCUCGCCUUCCAGGGCAGCGAGAUUCGCCCCGAGGCUACCGGUUACGGGCUGGUCUACUUUGCGCAGUGCAUGCUGGAGCGUCGCAACGACUCCUUCAACGGCAAGGUCGUCCUGGUGUCUGGUGCCGGCAACGUGGCCCAGUACACCAUCAAGAAAUGCAUGGAGCUCGGCGCCAAGGUUGUGACGGCCUCUGACUCCACCGGCUACGUCUACGACAAGGACGGCUUCGACGAGAAGAAGUUGGCCACGCUGAUGGAGAUCAAGAACGAGCGCCGUGAGACGCUGGCCGAGUACGCCAAGGAGACGGGCUGCGAGUACGUGCCGGGGAAGCGUCCGUGGGGUGUGAAAGCCGACAUCGCGCUGCCGUGCGCCACCCAGAACGAGGUGGAGGAGGCGGAUGCGAAGGCGCUGGUGGCAAACGGUGUGAAGUUGGUCGCCGAAGGCGCGAACAUGCCGACGACGGAGGAGGCGACGCAUAUCUUGCAGCAGGCAGGCGUCAUCUAUGCGCCGGGCAAGGCCUCCAACGCUGGUGGGGUGGCCAUCUCCGGUUUGGAGAUGUCGCAGAACGCGGCGCGCCUGGCGUGGACGGGCGAGGAGGUCGACAGCCGCCUGAGAGCCAUCAUGUCGAGCAUCCACGACUCCUGUGUCCAGUACGGCGAGAGCGACGGCAAGGUGAACUAUGUCAACGGUGCCAACAUUGCAGGGUUCGUGAAGGUGGCGGACGCCAUGCUGGCUCUCGGCAUCGUUUAA